AAAAAAGAUUGGCAAUAGUAUUGUUGACAUUAACUAGUCUCCAACCUCAUCUUAAUUAAAUUAGUAACAUCCUAAUUCUUUGUUUUACCACACAUAACCUUUGAUUUUGCAUCUUCAUAAAGCCACCGUGGAAAAGUAAUGUUUCUUAAUUAGUUGAAAAAUUCAAACACUGCACAACAAAAUUGAAUACUAAAAAAGAAAUGACCUAAAAUCCAAAACUUGUGAAUGAUUGGUUGAGAUCUUCAUGUGAUUUUAACUUUCAUAAAGGACAAUAUAGUCAUGAAGUAUAUUAUGUAAUGAUUCAAAAAUUGGACCGGAGAUUGAACUGGUCGAGCAACUUCUGGCUCAUGGUUUAAUUAGUUCAAUCAAUUAAAUCAUGACAAAAAAGUUUAAUAAAAAUAUUUAGUUGAACCAACCUUGGUUCAAUCGGAAUCGAACUGCAACUAGUUCGAUUUUCAUUUCACCGAUCAAACUGUCUAAGUUUGGUUCAAUUUUUUUUUUUCAUAAGUUCGCUCUAUUAUUAAUCUACUCGAGUCUUGUCACACACUAAACGUAGAUAUUUCAUCAUACCGAGAUUCAAACAUUAAUUCAGCAUAUUGUAGGAGUCUAGCACAUUAGGCUAGACCUAGACCCAAUCUGGUUGGUUAUGGUUUGAAUUUUAAAACAUUGGUAUUAAAUAUCUUCAUAUAUUUUAUCUACCAUGCCUCGUCAAUUAAUGUGUGUUUAUACAAUUCAAAAAGUUCAGCUGGUUUUCUCAAAGCAAAAAACCAUUCAUGGAAGCAGAUGAAAUCUUGAAGCUCUUUGAUACUUGUUGGUUUGGCCAUCAAAAUUCUUCAACAUCAACAAGUUCUCAUGAAAACCAACAUCAUCAAAUUAACGAAGAAUCGUCAAAGCUUUCGCGAAUCCAAUCCAAUCACACAAGGUCCAUGAGUGACCAGUUGAACAUGGCAAGUUUCAAACAUGAUUCUCUGUCUCCAAACUCUGUCUUUUUUCAACCAAAUCUUCAAACAAUCCUCUCAGGUAUAGAUGUCACAGAUUACACAGAAGCUGAAAAGCAAGCACAGUUGCAACUUCAUGUUUUGCCUAAGAAGAACAUCAUAAGAAAUGGAAGGAGAAGAAGAGAAAGCAAGAGUUUAUCAGACCUUGAGUUUGAGGAAGUAAAAGGGUUCAUGGAUCUUGGUUUUGUUUUCUCAGAGGAAGAUAAAGAUACAAACUUGGUUACAAUCAUACCUGGUUUGCAAAGGUUAGGAAAGAAUGGUGAGGAGGAAGAAAAAGAAGAGGAUUGUUCUGCAAUUCAAAGACCUUACCUUUCUGAAGCAUGGGAGAUUCAAGAUAGGAGAAAGGAAGAGAAGCCUUUGAUGAAAUGGAAAAUUUCUGCUCCUAUCAAUGAAGUUGAUAUGAAAUAUAGUCUCAAGUGUUGGGCUCACACUGUUGCUUCUGCUGUAAAAUGAUGAAGUUCAUGAUUCAAGCUUUUCUGCUUUGAUUGUAUCUUUGAGAUUUUAUUUGAUAUUUGGCUCCCUCUUUUCAUUUCCUACUAUUUUUUAGUUGUUCUAUUUUUAUUUUGAUGUUUGUUGGUAAUUCACAUUCCACAAACUUGCAAAUAUUGUAAUUUUGGACUAAAAGGAUGGGAAUCUCACUCAACUUUUUGUAUCUAUUAGUUCAAUCUGUAGGUUUUUGACAGUUUCUGCUGCAUGAGAAAUAGAAACUGGAAAACAUGAAUAAGUUGGAUUGGGAAUAGUUGAGGGAGAGGGCUGCAGGAAACCAUAUGACUACGUUUGGUCGAUGAGGUGAUGUAUCACGUCGUGGACUUGCAUCUCUCGGAGAUGUAUAUGAGUGAAAUUGAAGAGUCAGGUAUAUGUCGAAGUCCCUAACGAACAAAUUGUAUAUGUGGCUAAGGUUCUACGAGCUGAAGAUGAUGUAGAAGGGUUUCGACGAUAUAUAUGCAACAUGUCAAUACUUUCAAUCUAGUUAUCAAAGAUUUACUGAAGAUUAAUGACGAGGAUAAAGCAAUAACAAUGUUGUGUUCCUUGCCUAAUUCCUAUGAACACUUGGGGACCCCUCUUACAUAUGGGAAAGACACUGUCAAAUUGGAAGACAUCAUGUCUUCAAUUAUGUGUUAAUGUCAAAGAAACCAUAAUGCAGUGGAAGGAUCUCGAGGUGAAGGCAUGCAUGUAAUGGGGAGUCAAGAGCAUAGGAGGAUGGAGUGCAAACGGGUUUUUGCGAGAAAGAGAUCGAAGUUGAAUACCAGAAGCAGAAAAACUGUUUAGUGCUACAACUGUAAUGAGAUCAGGAAUUAUAAGAGGGACUAUCCAAACAAGGUGUUGGUAAUGUUUCAUCAAGCAAUUACACAAUAUUUGAAUUA